CGGGAUUUCCACAUUUAUUUUGGAUUGUAGUGGUUUCCACAUUGUUUUCUCGAUUUAUAGUGAUUUUUGUUAUCAAAUGUGCAUGAGCAUUUUUGAUAUCUAAAAAGUUUGUUACUCCGACUUUAUAUUCUGCAGUGUUAGCUUCAUAAUUUAAUUGAGUAUUUGAAGUAUUCUUAAAAUGUCUGAAAUGAAAUUCAAACUUAAUUAUAAAGGCAACAGCUACGACUUAACAGACUUUCUACAAAACCACCCAGGAGGGUACAAUUAUUUAAAAUCCUAUAAAAAUAAAGAAGUUCCUGAAGAAUUACUGAAAAAUUACCAUGCCUCCAAUGCAGCAUUUUACUUAAUGAAAGAAUUCUCAGAAAGUAAAACUCGUGGUUUAGGAAAAGAUCAAGUAGAAGGUGUAGAAGAUCUAGAGCACUUGGUAGAUUGGUCAAAACCGUUACUACUGCAGGUAGGAAAAUUAGGAUCUAUGUAUACUACCUGGGUGGAAUCUCCAGUAGAUCGACCAGUAAGAUUAUUUUCUAAUUCAUUCCUAGAAAGUGUUACAAGAACUUCUUGGUACAGCGUUGUUUUAGUUUGGGUUCCAAUAAUAAGUUUCUUCUUCUAUACUGGAUUUUUCUCAUACCAUGAUGCAAAUAAAGGUACUUCACAAUGGCAUGUUCCACUGAUCAUAUUAUUUGGGCUUUGCUUAUGGUCUAUUGCUGAGUACUCCCUUCACCGAUGGUUAUUUCACUUAGAUCCAAAAACCUCUCCAUUCCUAAUAACACUAAAUUUUAUGAUCCACGGAAUACAUCAUAAGGUUCCAUUUGAUGCAGAUCGUCUAUUAUUUCCACCACUGCCUGCAGGAAUUAUAGGAAUAGCUUUUUAUUACCUAUUUACAUGGCUUCUCCCUUCACACAUGGUAGAUUUAACAUUUGGAGGUUUCUGUUUAGGGUACUUAAUUUAUGAUAUGACUCAUUUUUAUCUUCAUCAUGGCUGUCCUGCAGCUGAGACUUUCCUAUAUGAUUUAAAGAGAUAUCACAAUAAACAUCAUUUUGACUUCAAAAAUGACGGUUUUGGUGUGAGUUCUCCUUACUGGGAUAAAGUGUUUGGUACCCUUAUUUAUUUAAAAGGUCUUCCAAAAGCGAUAAAUUGGACAAUUCCUACAGAAUUCUAAACAAAUACCUAAUGGGUACUGAGUUACUAGUUCUUCUUAAUAAAGACUGACAAUUUGUUUAAAUAAUAA